GAAAAAACCCUUCAAUCUUCCCCACCUUACCUUAUUCAUUUAUGAUAGGUUUGAAUCAUACAUUGCAGUUGUAGUCAGUUUCCUUGUGUGAACAAGACAACACUUACGUUACAAACGUAUUUUAAUUGUUUAUUUUUGAGUGUUGUAAGAAUUUUGUUCUCGUUUGUGAUGGCUUUAAACAAGAUGUCACGAUUUGUGUCUUUAAUAAGUUUUACUUUUAUAAGUCACCUAUAUUUGGUAAAUUCAGCAAAAUAUACAAUUACGUUACCGCAGAGUGUAGUUGAACCUUUGAUGGAACUAUAUUAUGAUGAAUUGGAUUUUUUUGAAAACUACACGAAAACGAGAAACAAAAGAGCAUCGAGUAUGGCAGCGCCGGUCCUAAAUUAUUUUCAACACAAAUUUGACGAAGAAUAUAAGGAUAUUGGACAUUCAGCUGUAAUGAAAUGUGAACCCAAAGGCACACCAACCCCGAAUAUUACCUGGUACAAAGAUAAUGUUACUCCAGUGAAAAGGACCGAUCGUGGUGGAGUACUACCAGUAACUUAUGACAUGUGGAGUAUACUACUGAAUGAUUUGGUGACCGAGGAUACUGGGAAUUACACGUGUCGUGUCUGCAACCCAUUAGGCUGUGCGGAACACGUUCAUCGGCUAAUAAUCACUGGCUACCCUAAACUAUUUCCAUCUAUAAGAAAAGGCUACCCGGGAAACACGACGUUCGUGAUCAACGACUCCGUUGUACUCUCUUGCCCGACGGUAAACCUCACGGACUAUUCUGUCACGUGGGCAAAAAUGCUAUCUGGACUUGGACGCAAUGCAACACAAAUGUUGAUAGCUCAGAACAAAAAAUACAUAAUUACCGAUAAUACAUUGACAAUAAACAAUGCUACGAAGUCGGAUGAAGGCUGGUAUCUAUGCAUCACCAACAACUCUAUAGGCACAGACCAAGCUACGGGUUAUAUUAAAGUGGCUGAUUGGCGCAAGCCCUCUGAUGGUGGUCCUGAGAAGAAAGUGAAAGGUCUUUCAAAAUGGUUUAUAGCGAUUUUAUCAAUAUUACUGAUUAUUAGCUUUGUAGUAGUACUAGUGGUAUUAUUGAAAUUUAAAAGAGAGAGACUUUUAAAGCGGCACGCCGUUGAGACGGCAAGAGAGGUGAUGUUUGAGCAAUGGAUGAAAGUUGUCUCUAUAGAAAGAGAGAGAAGCAACGGUUACACUCCUGAAGGUACUUUGCAAAUGCCUAAAGUGAGAAUAGAAAAGCAAAGGAUCUCGGACAUAGUUGGAAAGUUUCCUGAUUAUGAUAUAAAUAACGCUUCGGAGUAUAUGUUUCCUCCCGACAAUAAAUGGGAAAUUGAUAGAUUCUGCCUCACUUUGGGAAAAGUCCUCGGUGAAGGUGAAUUUGGGAGCGUAGUCCAAGCAAAAUAUCGUGGCACAUCGGAGAGCAAUAUCCCCAAUACCGUGGCUGUUAAAAUGCUCAAAGAGGGCCAUUCAGACGCAGACAUGAUAUCGUUUGUGUCGGAAAUCGAGAUUAUGAAGAUGAUUGGGAAACACGAGAACAUCAUCAACUUACUGGGAUGCUGCACCAAAGGUGGUCCGCUUUAUGCUGUCGUUGAAUUUGCGGCGAAUGGAUGCCUCCGCGACUACCUAAAGAAAUAUAAGCCCAAGGCAGAUAAUGGUCCAAGUGAAAAACAAACACCUUUGAAACAUCAAGAGUUAGUGCAGUUUACUCUGCAGGUGGCUAGAGGAAUGGAGUACCUGGCAUCACGUGGCUGCAUCCACCGUGACCUGGCAGCGCGCAACGUGCUGGUGACAGGCGCGCGCGUGCUGAAGGUGGCAGACUUCGGUCUGGCGCGCGACGUGCGAGACUCCGACUACUACCGCAAGCGCACGGCCGGCAAGCUGCCCGUGCGGUGGAUGGCGCCCGAGUCGCUCUGCCACAACUACUACAACACCAAGUCUGACGUAUGGUCCUUUGGGGUGCUCACUUGGGAAAUAAUGUCAUACGGGGAAACUCCAUACGCAAAGAUCCCCGUGCACUUCCUAUACAAUUAUUUGAGACAAGGCAAGCGAAUGCAAAAACCGGAAAACUGCAGCGAGAAUAUGUACCAGGUGAUACAGCAUAGCUGUUCCUUCAAUCCAGACGACCGGCCGUCAUUCAGCGAGCUGAAGGACAAAUUGGAAGAAAUGGUAUCCAGUAUCGAUCACUUAAUAUAACAGUGGUAUUGAUAGUCGAAAAAAAUUCCUACGUAAGAUACGACUGUUUAAGUUUUAUAAAUCAAUAAUUAUUAUUUGCAUGGCAUCAUUUAAUAUUAUUUUAAUAGAUACCCGAUUUCAACUAUAAUAAAUAAUAAUAA